CUAAAUAGUAGUUGGACACGGAGCAGGCAUGGCGUCCUUCACUCAGAGCCUCAAGUGACAUUUGUUUAUCAAUUUCCCCAUUCGUAUUUAGUUUAAGUUGUUUUUUUAGAUAAGUGUAAACAUAUUUUUUCACAAUGGCGACGAAAACCGUGUGUCGAGUCCUCCAGCGACGUUUUUCAUCUGCUGCAGCGUCACUGCGUCCACCGGGUGCAGAUUUCCGCGGCCAUCGCAGCGCCGUCUUCUCCAGAGAGCAGGCCAGGCAGAGGGCGCUGUACCCCCGCGUGGAGAAGAUCGAGGUGUCGGUGCAGGGCCCGGCGCUGGACGGGACGCUCCUCGUCAUGAACAAAGGGAUGUCCACGCCGCUGAGCUGCGCCAGACACCUGACAGAGCGUCAUGUGGCUCUCUCGGCUCUGGCCCUGGUGGACGGGGAGCCCUGGUCUCUCCACCAGCCCCUCACCAAGUCCUGCUCACUCACUCUGCUCAAAUUUAAAGAGACUGAUCCAACUCUGGUCAACCAGGCUUACUGGCGUUCCUGCGCUGCCUUGCUCGGCCAGGUGCUGGAGACUUCCUUCCAAGACGACUUUGCCGUGCAGCUGCUCAGCACACCUGAGGUGCCAGUAACUUGUGGGGCUUUCUGCUGUGAUGUGGUGCUGGACCCUCGGCUGGACUCAUGGACUCCCUCUGAGGAGUCGCUGCACUCUCUGACCCGAGGAGCCCUGCAGCUCAUCCAGCUGGACCUGGCCUGGGAGCCUCUGGAGGUGGCGCCCUCUGUGGCGCUGGAGGUCUUCUCACACAGCAGAAGUAAACAGGAAGAAGUGGAGCAGAAGGCGGCACUAAACCCUAAAGGCACCGUGACGCUGUACAGAUGUGGUGACCAUGUGCUGCUGAGUGCGGGCCCCCUGGUGGCCAGGACGGGGCUGUGCUCCCAGUACGAGGUGACGGCCCUCCACAGCCUGGAGCAGGGCCCCUGGGGCCUCCAGCGCCGGGCCCAGGGCCUCUCCCUGCCUCUGCAGCUACAUGCGCACCACACAGUCUGGAGGAAACUGAGGCAGCGGGCAGAGAAACUGGUUGAGGUGCCGAAAGCUGAAGAAGUGACUCCGCCCUCUCCUCCAGACUCGCCUCCACCCUCCGACCAGCCAGAGACCACCGCUGUGUAACCUUCCACACACACAUACACACUUUCACAUGUACCCCGUUGUUUGUUUUGUUCAAUAAAUGUGUAAAAAUA